AUGGCCAACAAGGAACCUCAACCGCCAUCUCCAACCACUCGCGCUCAGAUCGGAAACAGUCCGCGGUUCCGGACAGAUAUCUACCCGUUUAUCGAACCGUCCAAAUUCCGAGCGACCCAAAAAGGCAAAGUCGCCAUCAUCACCGGCUCAUCCGGAACAAUUGGUCAAGCCCUCGCCGAAUCGUUUGCUGUGACAGGCGCGAAUCUGGUGCUGAGCUAUUACAACACACCUCCGCCAGCCGAGCUGAAGGAGAAAUGUGUGCGGUAUGGGGCUGGUGGUGUUGAGUUUGUGAAAUGUAAUGUUGCGGAGCUGGAGGGGUGCGAGAGGCUUGUUAACCGGGCCCUGGAAGUGUAUGGGAGAGUCGACAUUCUGGUCAACAACGCCGGCGCUAAUGGCCUAGGACCGCUACACGAUCAAGACCCCCACCAAUUCAUACAUGACCUCGCCGUGAAUUUGCAUGGGCCUUUCUACCUCAUGCGGCUGGUAAUCCCGCACUUCCGUGAGCAGCGCAGCGGAUGUGUGCUCAAUAUCGCGUCUCGGGCGGGCACCCUCGCCAUCCCCUACAGCACGAGCUACUGCGCGAGCAAGGCGGCAUUGAUCAAUCUAACGGCAUGUACACAAAAGGAGAUGGAUGUCGAAGGGCUGGAAGAUAUCCAUUUGUAUUCGCUACAUCCUGGAGGGAUAAAGAGUGCCAUGACGAUAAAGAAAUACUCAGAAGAGGCCUUCUCUACUCUCCCGCCUCAAGCCCAAUCACGCUACAACAAUAUACUCGACAUCUACUACAACGACUCGCCACACCUCAACGGCAUGGUGUGUGUCGCACUGGCAAGCGGCGUAGGGAAGCAGGCACUUCGCGGCAAAUACUUCGACGUCAAUCAGGACCUAGAGGAUAUCAUUUCCCAGGAGGAAACCUUGGAAGCGCAUCCUAGCUUGUACGGGCUCCAUACCAGCUUUUUGGGGGGAUGGCCGGAUCAUGGGGCACCGCCAGGGGGGUAUCAUGCGGAAGAGGUCAAGUUUGCGUUUCCGGGGUUCUGA